GCCAAAUUUUCCCUCUGUUAAAAGUAAGACCCACUAGCUUCGCACACAACACACGAUUACUCUGUCUUGGAAAAGAAAAGAAAAAUUGAAUUCAUGAACCAGCGGAAGCUUCUUCUCAACGAGAGAGUCGAGGUUCGCCAGUUUGAGGAAGGACUACGAGGAUCAUGGCACCCUGGGGUGGUUGUUGGUGUUUCAAACUUAUUCCGAUCCAUUGAAUAUGAUGAACUCUUGUGUGAAACAGGUGAGUCAAAGCUCAUUGAAUCCAUCCCUGUGACGGAGGCAAUUGAAGGUCUUCAUAGCCGUCGCCACAUUCCAUUGACCUAUCGUGGGCAUGUACGACCUCUGCCUCCCCCAUCUCAACCUCUUUCUAAUCAAAAGCUGGGUUUUGGGGUUUGCGUUGAUGCGUUGUUUGAAGAUGCAUGGUGGGAAGGGGUUAUUUUGGAUAAUGAUGAUAAUGCAUCUGAGCGGUCUGUGUAUUUUCCUGAUGAGGGUGAUGAGUGCAAAUUCAGUGUGAGUCAAUUACGUGUAGCUCAUGAAUGGGAUGAGUUUAUGGGCAUUUGGAGAGAUCGAGGUGUAUGGAUAUUGGUGCAGUUAGCGAAGGAGCUUGAAGGUGAUGUUCCCUUGGCUUGUUGUGUAAAGAAAGUCUGGUCCUCCAUACGUUUAAAUUAUGGGUUCAUAAAGAUGAUAUCUGAGUGGACUUGUGGUGUUCGGACCGUUUGGAGGAAGUAUUUCAUGGAAGUUGUUCAGGAGAUUGCAGUUGGAAUAAGUCGGCGCAAUCUUGCUAAUCGCAAAAUUUUGGCAUGGAUGGUGGGAAAAAAAGGUAAUAAGUUAAAGGAUCCUGGGCAAGCGAAUUCCCAUUUAUCUGACACUUUUGUGCUGGCUGGAAGCUGCAAUGAUCUCAAGGCUGUUAGAUCAUCUCAAAAACGAGAGGAAGGAGGUCCUCUUGGUAAGCACAAAGGUAGGAAACGAUCUGUAAUGUCAAAAUUGAAACAUGAGGAGCUAUCUACAAUAAAUAAAUCUACCAGGAAAAGUUUUUGGGCAGAUAAAUCAUGUGGAGAAAAGCGAAUGACAUCAGAUGUAUCGUUGAUAAAGAGUAACUACAGUAUACUGAUACAUGAGUCUGAUCAGAUACCAAAUCAUUACACUGAUAAUAAUAAAGAAGUAUGUUCUCUUCCUACACAAAUAAAGGAGUCUGGUAAACUUGAAUCUGAAAUAAACAAACAAAAGUCUCCUACACUUUGUGAAAAUGGGGCUAAUCAGUUCUGUGUUGAAAGCUCAGGAGGAAGUAAAACCUUUUCUUAUGCUGUUUCUCAUGUUCAAGACAAUCAAUCAGCUUGCAAUAGUUUCAAAAAGCAUGGGCAGAUCGACGGUAAUCUUGCUGCCAAUUUUCCUGACUGUAGCAAAAUGCAUGUGAGCAGGCUAGCGUUCUUCUCUGUUAUUCAUAAGCGAAGACGAUCUACAUUGAUGAGAAGAAGGAUUUCAAAGAUGUGUCAGAAACCAAAUUCAAAGGUUACAAAGCCAUCAAAGGUGGAGAAGGGGCAUAACAGGGCUUCUUUCCUUCUUGUUUAUAAGCGGAACAAUGAUUUAGUAAGGAGGAAAAGGUUUUCAAAGGAACCUAAGGAGGCUGAUUCAAAAGUUGAAGCAAUCCCAAGGAAAGAGGAGAAAGGCCUAGAUGUCAUUCAGAAAGAAGAUGAUUUAGCUGCUGGUCACCAUAGUCUGAGUCUUCCCAUUGAUAACUGCAGAAAAAAGGUUAGGCUUAAAGACAUGGUAUCUUGCUCUCGGAGGAGCAAGAGGAAGUGGCAGUGUCGUGCCUCCCGACUGUUUGAUACAAUAUGUAGUGUCUGUCACUAUGCUGGAGAUCUUAUUAUAUGUGAUCAUUGCCCAUGUGCAUAUCAUUUAAGUUGCAUUAACCUCAAGGAUGUACCUGGUGAAAAUUGGUUUUGUCCAUCUUGCUGUUGUGGACUAUGUGGCUUGAGAGAUUCCAAGAGUGAUAGUGAACUUUUUACAAAAACUUGUCUCCAAUGCUCCCGCCAAUAUCAUGUUGCUUGCCUAAGUGAAGCUCAGCAUCCAUCUCCUACAGACUAUCCAUUUGGGAGUUUUUGUAGUGAGGCUUGUUAUAAGUUAUGUGCUCAACUUUAUCAACUUUUGGGAAUUUCAAAUCCCACUACUGUGGAUGGCUUAAGCUGGACGCUGAUGAGAUCGCUGAAAAAUGUGUAUCAAUUUCCUGAUAUGUCAAAACCUCAUACCUGGAUUAAGCUAUCUGAUGUACUAAGGGUUAUCCAUGAGUGUUUCGAGCCUGUCAAGGAUCCUCAUACCAACAGAGAUCUGGUCAGGGAUGUUGUUUUUAACUCAGGGUCCAAACUCAAACGAUUAGAUUUUCGUGGGUUCUAUGCCAUGGUUCUCCAUAACAGUGAUGAAAUUUUAUCUAUAGCCACAGUGAGGAUCCAUGGGCUAAAGGCUGCAGAGAUUCCUCUUGUUGCUACGCCUUUCCAAUAUCGCCGGCAGGGUAUGUGUCGACUUCUUUUGCAGGAGUUGGAGAAGCUGCUCACUCAAAUGAGCAUCGAGAGAUUAGUCUUGCCUGCAAUACCGCAGCUAAGAGAAACGUGGGAAACAUCCUUUGGUUUCCUGGAAAUGACUCUUUCAGAAAGGCUACAAUUCUUGGGUUAUCCUUUUUUGGCCUUCCAGGGGACAAUAAUGUUACAGAAAUUCCUUAGGAACUCUAUGGUUAAUAAGGAGAUGAGAGAUUUUGCAGAAAAAUCUUUUGAUUUGGGAGGAAAUACGUCAAAUGUCUUUAUGAAGCACAAGCAAGGGUCUAAUAUCAAGGACAGGUUCUAUGGCUUGUUUUACAAGCGCAGGAUGAAAUUAAAAGUUGUUGGAAAAGAAAAUUUGUUCAACAACUGUGGUAGACGUACACGACGUUCUGAGAAUUUGUGCAAGCGGAGACGAGUACUGGCUAGCAGAGAUUGAAAUGCUGAUGAAUUACAGUAAUUGAAAACUCACAGGAUCUUAGCAAGUAUUUUGAAUGGUGCAUUUUUAGCAAAGAAUAGCCGAAUCCCUGAAAACUCAGAAUAGCCAUUCUGGGGUCUCCCCUUCAGUGCCAGGCAUUUUUGUUCAUGUGUAUUUAAUUCAAUUUCGAAUGCAUCCUUGACACGAGAAACAGUGUUGGUUGAAACUGAAUUUCAUCGUCUGAGAUCAACUUCAGGACUGAAAUGACUAACAGCAGUGGGCUGGAAGCCGGGCCAAUGUUUUGGAGACCAGGGGCCUAACGAGGUUGCCUAGAGAAACUGAAGCUUGGUGAAGCUGAGUUGAGGUGUUAUACAUGUGUUUGAUCCUUUUUCCAAAUUGCACUCAACGAUUCGUCCCACCAAACAAUGACAUGGACGGGCAGAAACUUAUUACCUAUAAUCUUUGUCAUGAUGUCAAGCCACAUCACUUGUCAACCUAUUCAAAACUCUUGGUGGCUGAUUCUUUUCAUUCUACCAUGUGGAAAAAAAAUGAAGACAAAAAUCAAAACUUGAACAAAGUGGGUUGGAAUUUUUCUUUUUUUUUAUAGCAACACGUGCAAAGGCGGAGGCAAAAGGUAAAUAUAUAUCCUGAGAUAAAUAGAAAAGCAGAAGCAGAAGAAACAUAUGUAGCUAUGGAUGCAGAUUUCAAAUUAGGCUGAAGCAUAAGCAUAAGCAUAUGCAUAUGUGGAUACAAAUGUAGAAACAAAAGCACUAAAAGCACAUAUUGAAACACAAGCGUUUCCUUGCUGCUUCCUCGGUCCUUCAACUUUACUUGGCUCAACAUUUGCAAUAAUUGUGCUCCGGGCAUUAUGCACAAUAUUCAUGUCUCCAUGCAUUUGUUAUUGUGUUUGUUAGUAUGGGAAGUGUAAAAUAAUUGACUAUUAGCAAAACAGUUUCUAAAUACCACAUUAUAUACAUUUCAAAUAAGAUCAAACAAUAUGUAGUUACUU